CUCUGCGGUUGCGCGUCACCGGUGAUACUCGGUCGACAGAGGCAGCAGCAUGUUUCCAGCCGCUCUCGGUCUCAUCGGAUGUUGUGAACCGUCGACUCGCCACGUUUUUCACCCGCUCGGAUUCGCGUAGGACUCCUCGUCGACGCCGACGGUCAUGUCGUGGAGCCGUGCGGCCGCGGGCAGGCUGUGCGCGGCGGCUCAGGCGUCCAGGUCCCCGGGCUCGUGUCUGGUGCGCGUCAAGGCGAGCGGACCGCGGCACGUCACCGAGACGUUACGCAGAGGUCACUCGGUUCACUGGGGCCGGUCCCUCUGCGUGUCUGGGGAUCCAUUACGCGCGCACCUGAGGAAACUGUCGCAGCUACAUCCCGUCCGGGACCAGGGCCGGGACCGGGACCAGGACCGGGACCGGGUGGAGACCGUAGCGACGAGUCUCUCCGAGGGUCGUUUACAUCUAACCAGGCCGCCGCCACCUCACGCAUACCGGCGCGCCGGAAGUCGGGUGCCGGCGGCGAGUCAUGCUUUGUUUACAGGUAACUGCGGAGGCUCCGGUCGACGCUGCUCCACCAGCUCCACCAUGCAGCACAGCAGAGCUUCGUCCGCGGCUGCUGCGGCCGCGAAGAGGAGGGACGAGGCCGGCGAGCAGGAGCUCACGACACACGGCAACAAAGCGGACGAGCAGAAUUUAAAGGAGGCCUCUGCCGCCUCCUCGUCUACUGAAAAGGCCCCGGGGGAGCCCGAGCCGGAAGGAGGGAAACCCACCAAGACCCAACAGCUAAAGAAAGUCUUCAAGGAGUACGGAGCGGUGGGAGUUUGCUUUCACAUCGGGAUCUCCCUCAUGUCUCUGGGAAUGUCCUACCUCCUCAUAUCCAGUGGGGUCGAUAUGACGGCCGUGCUGUGCAAGCUGGGCUUCAGCGAGGCCGUCGUUCGCUCUAAAAUGGCGGCGGGAACCAGCACGUUCUUCCUGGCCUACGCCCUCCACAAGCUCUUCGCUCCGGUCCGCAUCAGCACCACUCUGGUAUCCGUCCCUCUCAUCGUGCGCUACUUCAGAAAGACUGGUCUCUUUAAACCCCCCACACCCUGAUGACCCCCCGCACCCCGCCCAACUCUCCGCCUCAUUAAGCAACAAACAUCCAGACAAUAAAUGGCUAUAGUUAAAAUGCUGUUAUAUAUAUAUAUAUUUAUAAUUACUCAUUUCCCUUCAGCUGCAAAUGCCUCAUUUGCCCUCAUUGCAUUUGUGAUAUUCUCGCAUUAGUUGUGCUUGUAACAGAAUCAUGUGUUCAAUUGUGCUUCUGUACGAUUAAAAACAAAAAGUGAGACAGUUCUCCGAACACCGCCAGUGUAUUUUGGAGAUGUGUUUGCAUUUCUCAGAACCAGAGACUAAAGUGCAGAGGGGUGGAAAAGCUCAAAUAUGUGUAAACAAUCAGAAGAGAGUUUUAUUGCUAAGAUCUUUGAGUCGGCAGAGUUUUUCAUUAAUGCUGUGAAGGUUGCCCACAGGGACAAGAGGAAAAAGCUGAUUUCUCCUCCACCGUUCCCUGAUAGCUGACUAGGCCAUGUUCUGGUGUUAUUUGACUCAGCAGAAUAAUUCAGGUUGUCUGCACCUCCUACCUCUCUCCUCUCCUCUAUUCUCCCAUUUUCUGCUGUUGUUUUACUUCGCUCCUGUUUCGUUCUCGUCAUCUCACUCUCCUUCCAUCCCUUUGCCUGAUGUCCCCAUCUUCCAUUCCCUCUUCCUUCUCUCCCUCAGGUUCGCCAAUUUCGCUAACGCCACUGCCCAAGCUUUGCAGUUUGCAAGCACAUUAAUCUGAGUGACGCUGAUUGUUGUUCAUUGCAAGACUUUGGAUGAAGGAUGUUGGUUUCGAAGACUUUGGACUUUAACUAUUAAACGGGAACUUGUCUUUUA